UUCAAAAUUUUUCACUAUUCAAUAUUAAAUUUUUAUACAUACCAAAAUAUGUUUGAAACUAAAGCAGUGGACCUUGGAACAUUUUUUUUUAAUUUUAUGCUCAUCUGCGUCGCUAGCAGAUUAUUGGAUUUGAUUUAUGAUAUUUUCAACAAAGUUGAAAUUGAGCACAUCAGCAUAGGAGAUGUCGCGUUAGACGAGAACAGCAAUAGUCCAUUUUUUAUCGAUAGAAACUUAAAUUGAUUGGUUUUGAACUUCUAAUAAAUGUUUUUGUUCA